GUGUCGCUCCCAACUCUCCUCAGAGGUGUUGAUGCUCUGCAGUGCUGCACACUGAGGCAACCACCACCAGCAGCUGUACUGUACAUUACCCCUCCAGACGAGUGCACAAACGCAAGGAGCUGCGACACAUCAUCCAACCCUGACAGGAGUUGGAUGGGUGCAUUUCCAUCAUGCUCAAGGCUCUGUUUGUGUAUGGAGUGCUGGGAGUGCUGCUGUUCCCAGCAAAGUGUGAUCAAAUCUCCGUGUGUGUCGAAGACGACGGGGACCUGAGAGUAGACUGUCGGAUCAAGCCCAAGCCCAACAAGAUCGACAGCUAUGAGUUCUCUUGGUCCUCCGGGACCAAAGAGACCCUCAUUAACACUAAUGUGUCCGGUUCAGCGGCAGAGAGCCAGUUCAGAGACAAAAGUGAUGUGGUGGAGCUGGAGCCCCACGGCUUCAGGAUGACCCUGAGAGGCUUCACAAACACACUCCCACACAACACCACUUACAUGUGCAAAAUAUCCGGGGUGAAUGCCAAUAUCAUUGUGGAGGCUGAUCACCUCGUCCCGUGUUCAGCUGUAAGCGUGUUUCUGAAGAUAUCCUGCUCCUGGAUCGUUUGUCUCUUGCUCUUCUGCUAUCACACACAAAGCUAAAGAAACAAACAGUCUUGUACUGCCACUCACACACACACACACACACACACACACUCAUGCCUGACCAUGCCUACCCAUCUGUCCGCAUCCACAGACAUCCCAACAAUAACACCUCAUGUUAAAACGACGUCAACAGCUUGCAAAUAAUUCACUAAUUUUCCUCCUGUAAGGGGACUGAAAUGGUAUUAAACUGUUUUCAUCUACUCUCUUUGAUUAAAAAGAAUGAUAUCUCAAUGAUGAUUCAACAGAAAUGUUUAGAGAUGUGCUUUUUGCUUCAGGGGCACACGCUGUAUUGUAUCUGUAUAAAUGUGAUGACUAACUUGCCAAGUAAGUAUUAUUUUCUAAGCUGCAGCAUUUGAUUCAAUAAAGAGAUGCUGGAUAAAGUCA